AUGGGCAAGGGCGGUGACGGCGGCUACAACAAAGCCCUUGGCAAGGCCAUCAAGGCGAAAGGUAAGCUUUGUCCUCUCCUGGCUGUAGCUGACAUCAGGUCUGGGUCGCCUCAAGUGGUACUGUCAGCGCAUUGCAAGAGUGAGCCUCACUUGCGCAAGAUGAUCUCGAUCGGGCCGAACGCGGGCGCAACGAUUGCCGAGUUCUCGCGCCAGUUCCAGUACGACUUUGUGACGCUGCUCAAGUCGCGGCACAACACGCAGCGUGUGCGGGCGAACGCAGUGUACAACGAGUACAUCCAGGACAAGCACCACGUGCACAUGAACGCGACGAGAUGGGUCACGCUGAAUGGCUUCAUUCAGACGAUCGGAAAGGCGGGCAUCGUCAAGGUCGACGAGGAUGACAAGGGGCUCUGGAUCCAGUGGGUUGACACGAGACCAGAGACGCUAGCCAAGCAGGCCGCGGCGCAGAAGAAGGACCGCGCAACGAUGGACGGCGAGGAGCGCGAGCGCAAGAUGCUCGAGGACCAGAUCGCGCGAGCGCGAGCCCUGGCCGCGGAGCAGGAAUCCUCCUCCCCCGCACCCGGACUACAAAAGGCGGAGGGCGAGAAGGUGAAGCUGAGCCUUGGUCCAAUCUCGCUGGGCGGGUCCGCCUCCGCCUCCGCGUCCGGGGCCUCGACUCCAGCAACCGGCGACGAGAAGGAGGCCAAGCCGACGAGCAUCUCCUUUGGCUCUGGCGUGUCCCUCUCGGGUGCUGCGCCGGCAGCGAAUCCGCUCAAGAUGAACCCGCUGAAGGCGAACCCGCUCAAGCGGCCUGCGCCGGGCAAUGUGUUCAAGAGCGCAAAGGCGGCCAAGACGGACGAACCUGAGGCUAAGCCAAAGGGAUUCGUGUCCGAGGCGGAGCGGCUGAUGCGCGAGGACCAGGCGCGGAAGGCGGCGCGGGCGAGCGGAGGCGGUCGCGGGGGAUAUGGAGGGCACGGAGAGCCGCGGCGCUGA